AAAGAUCAAGAUAAGAUAAAAUGUUUAGUUUUGAAAUAAAUCAAGUUGUCUAUAUUAGAUCCAUAUUUUUGGAAAAUAAUUGCAAACUAUACUUUUUAAUGAUUUAAUGAACAGUAUCUUUGAAACAAUUUAAUUGUUCUCUUGCGUUGUAAAAAUAUUUGUAUCGAAAUUUGUAGACAUGUUGUGAAGGACGCCGUUUUAUCUCAAACUUUUUACUUUACCAUCAAAUUAGCCAAACAUUUUCCGUUUGUAAAGCUUACAUAGAUCUAAAAGACAAUGUCUUCAAAGAAAAUUUCUCACGACGAUGAUCACCUAGAUUUUAAAAAACUGGAGGAAGAGGUACAAACAGCUGUUGUGAAUGAUGAGCGAUACUGGCGUGAAAAUGAUGCCAAAAUAAGAGCAGUGGAACAAAGAGUUCCUACUUAUGAUGAUUUCAGAGAAUUGGUUUUGGCAGCUCAUUUGAAACCACUAGAAAAGGAAGAUAAGAUGAAUAACAUAAAGAAUUUUACACAGAUCUGGAACCAGCCAGCCACAUUAUUCCCAAAGUCGAAUAUUCCAGAUAACAUACAAAAUGAAAAUGAAGCAAAGUCAGAUCAAGUCACGGUGAACUCUGGGCAGGAAUUUGCACAACAUUGGAAACGCUACUGUAAAACUCACAAAGAAAAAAAAGCUUUUCUACUCUCUGUCGGGGCUUCAAAGCUGCAAUCAAUUUUCAAAGUAGAAAUAGCAGGUGGCUUACUGGGAGAAUUCAUCGAAUGCUUAUAUACUUUUGAAGAUCAUGAAGCUCAUCUGGUUGCAAGUUGCUUGGAAUCACUGUCGAAGUCACAAAGGUUUUCUUUGUCUAAAACAUUUUUAAACAAAUGUGAGUUGGAGCUGUGCACUCUUUUGCUUGACAAACUUAUGGAAAAACAAAACAAAACAGAUGAUAUUCAGUGCAUGGACAAAUUGAAAAUGCUUCGAAACAUUUAUUGCUAGUCUCAGAAAUUUUACUGAAUUUAAAUGAAUGAUUAAACUUUAUUAAGGUG